CACAUUCCUAGUCGUAUGCAACUUGCCGUACCUGCAGCUUGAAAGAAUUUAUGUCUGUGCGUAGUUUCGUAUUGUGGUGACAGACCAAACUUCCUGGUCUUAGAACAGAGUCGCUUGGUGUUGUUUCAUGAGGAAAUAUUGUUACCACACUUCACAAUGCAAGACCUGAAGAAUCACUCUACCCCGGACUGGUUAAGAAGGGAUGCACGAAGUCAUUAGCUCGUCACACCUUGUUAAAAUGGAAUUGCACCAUGCUAUGAAUGCGGAUGUACUCGGCUAACAGAAUUCAUAGGAAAACCGCUUCGGGAUAAGAUGCAAAUUUGUAUUAUUGAUGCGCCCAAGUGAAAGUCGGAAGAUUAGUUGGUACAGACUUCUCUCAUGUUUUUUUCUUGUAAGGUGCUGUUAACAGAUGUUCAUAAUCUCACAGUUAAACGUUUUGGUGUUCUAAAAUGGGAAGCACCGUCAUGGAACCGAAGAGCAAAGAUUCCUCCAAGAAAAACUCGAAGAAAAAGAGACUCAUUCGAUUAAAUAUGUCCGACCUCUCUGCCUUCACUUCCAACCUGCUGGAUGGGGAGACUGACAGGAAAGAGAAAGAUGAUACGGCCAAGGGAGAGGGUAGCCACCACUCUGCAAGCCCCACCAAAGGCUUCUUUGUGAGGAGCUCCAGCCACCACCGGCCCCCCAGCCCCCUGUCCGCCCCGCCUCGCACACACACCAGCCCGGGCUCGCCCAAAUCCAUCUUCCCCUACCCACCCAGCGCCGCCGCCGCCGGCCACCAAGGCUCGCCGCCCAAGUCGCCCCGCCGCCUCAGCUUCAGCGGGAUCUUCCGCUCCUCCUCCUCCAGCAGCUCGGCUCCUGCCAGCCUCAGGCUCUUCUCCAGGUCCAGAAAAGCCUCGGGCAUGUCCUCUCCACCCAGCACUCCGACCCAGACACCCAGCCCGCCGGUGUUUUCCGUGGAGGCCCAGAACCCGACCCCCGAGCGGGGGGAGCCUCAUUCCCGCUCCCCCUCAGAGGGCACCCUGCUCUACAGCCUUCCCUCCGCCUCCGCCAGGCCUCCCAGGUCUACCUCACGACAGGUCUCUGGAUUAUUCGAAGGCAUGCUGGACAAACUUGAAAUUCAAGGUGCAGCAUCUGACGUGCCAGAGAAUGAUAUGUACAUUCACUUCAUGAAGUCUCACAAGUGCUAUGAUAUCAUUCCCACUAGCUCUAAGCUAGUGGUCUUUGACACUUCCCUACAGGUGAAGAAAGCGUUCUUUGCUUUGGUGGCCAAUGGGGUUCGAGCCGCGCCACUUUGGGAGACCAAAAGGCAGAGCUUUGUGGGGAUGUUGACCAUCACAGACUUCAUUAUCAUCCUGCACAGAUACUACAAGUCACCACUGGUGCAAAUAUACGAACUAGAGGAGCACCAGAUAGAAACAUGGAGAGAGCUCUACUUGCAAGAGACUUUCAAGCCAUUAGUCAGUAUAUCGCCUGAUGCAAGCUUGUUUGAUGCUGUAUACUCACUCAUCAAAAACAAAAUCCAUCGACUUCCCAUCAUUGACCCGGUGACAGGCAAUGCCCUGUAUAUCCUCACACACAAGAGGGUCCUGAAGUUCCUGCAACUCUUCAUGUGCGAGAUGCCAAAGCCUGCCUUCAUGAAGCAGACGUUGGGAGAGAUGGGCAUUGGCACCUACACAAACAUCGCCUUCAUCCACCCAAACACACCCGUCAUCAAAGCUCUCAACCUGUUUGUUGAGAGGAGGGUGUCAGCUCUGCCUGUUGUGGAUGAUUCAGGAAAGGUUGUCGACAUUUAUUCCAAAUUUGAUGUCAUUAACCUGGCUGCAGAGAAGACCUAUAACAACUUAGACGUGACGGUGACCCAGGCUCUGAGGCACCGCUGGCAGUACUUUGAGGGCGUCCUCAAGUGCAACAGGCUUGAGUCCCUGGACACCAUAGUGGACAGGAUUGUCAAAGCAGAGGUGCAUCGGCUGGUGGUGGUGGACGAGCACUCCUGUAUCGAGGGCAUCAUCUCUCUCUCCGACAUCCUGCAGGCUCUGGUUCUCACCCCUGCAGGUGGUGACCCAAAAGAAAGUGUGACAGAGUGAAAGGGAUGCUGCUGUAAACCCAUGGGGGAGAACGCAGGAGCAGCAGCCCAGCCUGGUGGAGUCAGACGGGUUGGUUGAUCCCUGAGUCGCAGCUACCUGAGACUGGUGCCCUCAAGCCUGCACCCACACCUGGAGUAGGCCCCUCCUCAGUACACACUGGGGGUGGGGUUGGGGGUGGGGUGGGGGUAGGGGUAGGGGUAGGGGUGUCGAAGAAUGGAGGCUGGAUGGACUUCCCACUGUUUCAUCCUCCAGCCAGACCAGGCCUCACCUGGAUUGGACUUAAAGACGGAUGUGAUGUGACUCAUGUUGCUGCUUUUGGUCUCUUUGUACUGCCAACUGGGCUAGGUCAUUACCCCUGCUUCUACUGUAAAUGUUUAUUAUAGGCACAUAUAUUAUGCUGCUCCGUGUAGAAGUGAAUGACAAUAGUGCCAAGUCACUCACUGCGUUUGUACCUGUAGCGAUUGAAGCCAGUGACCUUUAUGCUGCAACAUACUAUUACAAAACAGGCUUGGACUGCAUGCUUUAUUAAAACAUUUAAACAAAACCAAACACCUAAUAUUUUACAGUUGACUCUACAUGAAUAAGUCCAAUGGUGAUGACACUGCAGAAAUCAUUUUGGCCGAAUGUGGCUGACUUCACCCCAGUGUCAUGGAACUGCUUGUUUUCUGAACCGCCGAGAUGUUUGAACCAAUGUUCAGCAGGCAGACUGGCAAGCACUCUUAGAUCGCUCCGUGUCUCUUUGCUUUGAUGGUCCAAUGGCUUUAAAACUCGCAAACUAGCUAAUGUGGAGGCCAGAGACUGCAGUCAUUGUUGACACAUUCUUCACCUGGAAGUUCCUUUUUACCUCCAAUAGUCCAGUUGUGUCUGUGCCAUCUUGUCCGUGUCCAUGACGUAUUGUGCCUUGGAUCAGUGUGGCCUGUACAGUGAAGAGGAGGCUUGUGUGAAUUGUGUCAAUGUGGUUUUGUGUUGUUUUUUUUUUUUUUACGUUCUUGGAAUGGGCACAUUUUUCUAUGAGACAUAUGCUUUUGAAAGAUUACUUUUAAGCUUUAUUUUGGAUAGUUAGCGUCAUGCGAGUGUGUGUGUGUGUGCGUGUGCGUGUGUGUGUGGCUACUGCGUGCAUUCACUGGUAUUGCUGGAAUAACACUAGUAACCUUUAAUGGAUUGUGGUCCUGCCCCACGCACUACAACGAGGGUAAUGGUGACCAGUGAUGCAACACCAGCUCCUGCC